AUGAUUUUGGGAGCGUUAUUUCGCAUCACCAGCGAGAACAGCAAUGAUGUUUAUUAUUCAAUGAGCACGAAAUUAGUGCAGUUGGGUGUAUGCGAUACGACAAUCAAACAGAAUUAUUAUGGAGGUUUGCUUGCAUGCACUCUCCGUCUCGUAUUGCGAUUUCAUCGCUCAUUUUGCAUACCGAUAAAUCUGGUGUCCAUCCGAGGAUCGCUGAAAAAUGAAACGGGACAGGGCCAUUGGUGGGGGGGACCGGGAUGGGGUGGACCGGGAUGGGGGGGACCGGGAAUGUUCCCACCACCGCCUCCACCACCCCCACCUCCAGGCCCAUGGCUUCCACCACCUUGGUGGCUUAUAGAUGAUGCGAACGUGUGCACGCUGGACGCAACCAUCUUAGUGGUGAUGGGCCCACCAUUUGUUCCACCACCGAACACGGGUGCAAGUAUAGAUAGUGGUCCUGAAGUUGGAUUCGCUCCCCCACCACCACCACCAGGACCGUGUCCAGGACCAUUCGGCUGUGGCAAUAGCAUACGUAUGAGGUGUAGUGAUGUGGCAACAAUCGACGAAGCGGCUUGUGCGCUGUGCUGUAAACAUGCGAGUCGAUUUGGUGGUUUCAGCAAGGAAAGCAUUCACGGUAUCUUGAUCGAUUCGAAAGCGCUCUCUUGUGACAAUGGCAACAAUUGUGGUGCCAGCCUGAGAAAGAAGCGCUCAAUUGGCCCAGGACCAUGCUGUAACAAUCGGCCACCGCUACCAGGUUGUACAGCUUACUCACUGCCAUGUCCAACCACGAAAUGUAUGUGCUGUGGACCCCGCCGUCCUUUGCUGCCUCCACCACCUCCUCCGCCUCCACCACCAGUAUGGGGACCACCAGCAUGGGGACCACCAGCAUGGGGACCAUCAAUCGGAGAAGGUCCUCCACCACAGCCACAAUACAGCAUUGAUCCAAGCCAAUAUCGCCCACAGUAA